AUGAGACCAGAAACAAGAACAGCCCCUAGUGGCUUGCCCAACCUGAAUCAUAUCCAUGAUUACCUUAUUGAGAUAGCAUACAAAGCUGGAGAAAUCAUCAUGGGUGCUCUCCCCACUACGGAUGGCAUUGGAUCGAAGAAGAAUAGUGCGGAUCUUGUCACUCAAUAUGACCGUGCGGUUGAAGAAAUGAUAUCUACAGCGCUGAAGGAGAAGUACCCAGAUUAUCUGUUCCAUGGAGAAGAGACAUAUGACCCAGGUCAUCCCUUGACCACCGCCCCCACUUUUGUGAUUGACCCCAUCGAUGGGACAAUUAAUUUCGUGCAUGGCUUCCCCCAUGCAUGUGUAUCUCUUGGGUUCGCCGUUGACCGGGUUCCCGUGGUUGGUGUCGUAUACAACCCAUUCGAUAAGACCCUUUAUUCUGCCAUUUGUGGCCAAGGGGCGUUCCUGAACCGUAGUGUCAAGCUUCCACUCAAGGGAAUAGACCUCGAGCCACUGCAAAGCCUGCAGAACUCUCUUAUCGGUGUUGAAUGGGGAUCUGAUAGAAAGGGGAGGAAUUGGGAAACAAAGGUACGAACCUUGGAGAAGCUCGGCCAAUCCAAAGAUGAGGGCGGUGCAAUGGUUCGUUCGAUGCGUAGCAUGGGUUCGGCUGCACUCAAUCUUUGUGCGGUAGCCGCUGGCACUCUUGACUUGUACUGGGAAGGCGGUUGUUGGGCGUGGGAUGUGUGUGCUGGCUGGGUUAUCCUCACCGAGGCCGGUGGUAUCAUGGUUGACGGUAAUCCCGGCGGGUGGCAGGCCACCAUAGACGGAAGAGUCUACCUUGCUGUCAGAGCUUCUCCAAGCCAGAUUGGUCAAAGGGAGCUUGUUGAGGAAUUCUGGGGAAAUGUUCAAGGGAGGCUUGAGUAUUGA